UGCACCCUCGACAUCACGUUUGAGCAGAACGUCCAGCCACCUGGAACGAGAUCCCUCGUGCCCCACCAGAAGCAGUCACAGACACGGCGAACGCCGUCUGCUUUGCGCUUGUGAGCGCGGACACCUGGCACAGGAGGCUUGGACAUCUCAAUGCUCGGAGCCUGGACAUCCUUCGGAAGGACACGGGUACCGGGGUGGACUAUCGCGACAGUCUCUCCCCUUGCGGGGUCUGCCAGAUCGCGAAACACAGGCAGUCCCCCCACCCGAAGCAAACGACUCGCGAACUAUCACGGCCUGGACAACUUGCGGUCAUCGACAACAUGGAGUCUGUUAGUCCACCUGCGAAAUAUAAAGGAGGCAACUUCCCGUACGUGUGCAAGAUCACCGACUACACGAAAAUGAAAGAAGUGUACCUGCUCCGCAAGAAAUCUGAAACGACCGAGGCGGUGCACACGUACAAAAUGUGCGUCGCAGCGGCAGGAUGCUACCGGAUCGAGACCAUUCGCUGCGACAAGGGAGGCGAGAACACCGGAUCCGAAUUUCGAGACUACUCCAACAAUUCAGCUAUCAAGCUCGAAUACCCCGCCACCAACACCCCUCGACAAAUUGGUGUAUCGGAACGGGACGGACAAACCCUGGCCGGAGUCGCCCGCUGUCUUCUGAAGGAUGGAGAUUUUCCGCCGUCCAUAUGGGGGGAGUUAAUGCUGACUGCAGCAUACCUGUUGAACAGGUGCCCACACUCAGCACUCGGGGGAGCUACGCCAUACUCGAAGUUGCACAAAACUCACCUGAUCUCUCGGGACUUCGGGUCAUUGGAGCGCGCGCCUUCGUACACCACGAGAGAUACCGAAAGAAGCUGGACGACAGAGCUUUCGAAGGCAAGCUAUGUGGUUUCGGCCUCGACAGCCAGACCUACCGGGUAUUGAAUCCAUCCAACGGGGCCGUGGUCGAGAGCCGGAAUGUGACUUUCAUCGAAUCUCCACCCCGGUCAGUACCAUUCCAGCAUUCCACUCAAGCAAACGAGUGCGAGAGCGACGUGCUGAGCUUCACCUCCCUGCUGGACAGCCCCCACUCGACGAGCGACCUGGACUUCACGGCGCAGAACG